UGGAGAACAUAACAGACUUUGUCCGGUGGUCUUUAAUUUAAAGGUUUUCCUCAUUUUUUCCCGUUUCUAAUGUUACAUGUCACGUCACCUGUGAAGAAACUAGAUAUUUAAUCAUCGUGACCUUUGAUUACCUCUAUCGUGCGCAGUCGUUCCGAGAAAUAUGAUGAAAUAAGAAAUUACACGGAAUUAGUGAGAAGCGAUUGACGGCAUUGAUUUCUCGUAAUGACUAAAUGUUCGAAGGCAGGGUUCUAAAUUUAUCUUGAUUUAUCAAAAGCGAUCUCAUGAUUUGGACUGCAGAAGCGUAUUGUGUGUAUCGUGAAAGACGCGUGUACAACUGAUGGUUCUAAAUGCGUCAGUUACUCCUUGUGAGCACUUGUUAAUCAUCAGUAGACAUCAGCCGUAUAGCUGCGUGUAAAUAAUGGAAUUAAUCGAGAUAAGCAGUACGUUCUUCUCGCACUGGGUAGAGAGUUCUUCUUCAGAUAUAAAACUGCAUAGAGAGGACUCCAAAACGUCCAAAGGAUCCAGAAAAUUAUCAAGAUCGAGAAAAACAUCUAGACAAGAUUCGAGAACUUCUGUCUCCAAACUCUACUUACCAAAAGCAAGAUAUUCUGAGGAUGAAUUUAAAGAAGCCUUACAAAUGUGGAUACAGCAUCCAGAGCACGAGGAAACCAUGCAGUUGAAGAAACUAGUUAGACAAGGUGUCCUUCCCAAACUCAGAUCUGAGCUGUGGAAGGAUUCUAGCGGUGGAGCUGACAUCAUUUUCAACUCUCCUCACUAUUAUGAAGAAAUGAUUGAUGACAUAGGUAUUCAAGUACCCUCCAGUAUACCUUCAACAAUUUUUAGUGGCAACAGAAAUGUUCCUUCAUACCUAUUAUCACCAGAUGGAGAGAAGACCUGUCUAAAAGUCCUUUAUAUCUUGUCUCACAUGCACCCUGAUAUCCAAUUUGCUCCUUUGGUUCCACCAUUAACAUCUCUUUUCCUUCAUUUCAUGGAGGAAAAUCUUUGUUAUACUUGUAUGUCUGCUUUAGUGAAUUCUCACCGCUCUAUGUUGGAUCAAAGUCAGAGGGCCUUUGCUGUGAUGGCAAAGACAUUUCAAGAUUCUUUGAAGUCUUAUUUUAUGCCAUCUUACAAACAGAUCAAGGAAUUUAUUGAAACAGCAAAGGGAGAACAGUUGCGUAAAAACACUAUUCUUAUUCCUGAUUGGCUUAUCUGGAUGUUCCAUUACAUUGAUUUUUGGACACUGGUCUACAUUGUUGAUAGUUUUGUUGUCCAAGGACCCAAAGUUUUUGUGCGUGUUGGUUUGAUUGUAUUCAGUCAGUUUGCAAAGUUUAUUGAACAAGAAGCAGAAGUAUCAGAAAAUGGAAACCUAGAGGAUCUGUUUAAACAGUUUGCAUCACUUAUGCCUUUGAGGGGAUACAAGCUUCUUCAGGCAGCUUUCAGAAUUCGAGGUCUCUCAAGGAAACAGCUGGAAAGACUGAAAAGUAAAAACAUAACUUUAUUGGAGAACGGAUUGUUGGAUGUUCCUCAGCAGACCUGGGCACCAGUUCAGACCCUGACUGUGUUUGCAGUUAAAGGUUCCAACUUGCUAUCAUUACAAGAGUGGGAGUUACUGUCAUCAUGGCUACCAGACAGGUUACGCAUUAAGAGACCUAUUUGCUUGUUCACCACAGACACUGAUGGAUGCAGUAUAAGAACUUUAUACAACAAGUGUGAAGGUGAUGACGAGACAGUUCUUCUAGUCAAAUCAUCUGUUGGUGAGAUCAUUGGAGGUCUUGUCACGUCCAGCUGGAGUGAGAGAACCACAGGGCCCAGAACUCUUACAUAUUUUGGUACUGGGGAAAGUUUUGUCUUUAGGCUGAGUCCCAGGCCUGUUAGAUAUUUAUGGACAGGACUACAGAAGGAGGGCCCAGGUACCAAGGAUUUGUUUAUGGCUGGAGAUGACAAAUGUCUCAUGAUUGGGGGAGGGGGUGAUAAUGCCAUUUGGUUAGAUAAUGAGCUUUGUCGGGGACACAGUGGUCCAACUGAGACAUUUGGCAAUGAACAACUCACUGAGACCCAAGAUUUCCUUUGUGCCAGAGUUGAAGUGUUUGGUUUUGUCCCAGAAAGCUGAUCAGUGCUAAGAACUUCAAUAGCCUGUUAUUUAAUACAUAAAUUUUGGAUAUCACUCAUUCAUAUUAUCAUUUUAAUACUAACACUAAUAUCAGUGGUAUGAUAAUUGUAAGAAUGAAAAAAAGUAGUAUUUACCAACAAAAAGGACACACUUAGUUGUUCCAAAAAUGAUCCACAAAUUUGAAAGUGCCAUUUGGAUCCAAAAUGGAAAAUAAUUUUUGUUACUUUUUUCAUAAUUGCUUUACCAGGUAAUACUCAUAGUGAUCUUUCUGGAAUCCUUAAAAUGUUUUGUGCAAACAUCAUGUAUUACAUUACAUUUUAACUGUAACAAUAUGGCACUAAGGGGGCUUUCUGUUAUAGCAUGUCUAAUUAUGGUAAAUCCAUGCAUUUUUAUGAAGCAAAUCUUAAUGGAAACUCAAAGCUUGAUGUUAUCAAUAAUUUGUUAAAUGUAUUGAAUUAUAAGAAUUUUUUAAUUAUUUAUUAGUUAUUACACAGUGAUUUCCUAGGCAUAUAUCAAAGAGCUUUCUUGAUUAAUUUUAUGAUGUGAAUUGGGAAAUUGGAUGCAGUAAUAUGCAGGAAAUGAAACUUCCUACCAAAUCGUAAUUACUUUUUUUGCAUAAAUUUUACAAAUUGUUUUUAGUUCCAUUUGUCUGAUAUAAAUUUAUGAAAUUGAUACAAGUAUGGAAUAUGAUCUGUAUGGUUGAAAAUUAUGACAGUUUAAUGUGAGAUUAGUUAAUUUUUUAAUUCCUUGCAGCUUUUAGGAAUAUCUGAUUGAAAUACAUGUAAUUCAGUGUUGUUUGAGGGGUUUAUUUUAUAACUGUAGAUUUCAUCGCUGUAUUAAAUGCAGUUUAAAACAUGCAA